AUGGGCCCAUCCCAAGUGGUAGUUCAUUUGAGGGGCAGAAUGGACGACGUCACAACUGAAGUAAAGAAUAAAUGUAUGUCCGUAUUCGGAACUACGAGGGAAUACCACAUCGCUAGGGGUAUGAAAGAAUUGUGGCUGGAGCGAUCUGAGACACAUAUGAAUUUUGAACAAAUCACACGCAUUUUGAAGUCCCUGGGGAGGGGAAAACCAACUUUGGAAGAAAAAAAAAAUACAGAAAGGAAAGUCAGUUUGCUACUACCACAUAUUUAUAAAGAGUGCGAAAGAAACUACAUUCACUUUUCUUGCAUUUUACACAACCUACACAAGUUGAGAGAUCAUUUCACCAAGGAGUAUAAGGAAGAAGUGUACAUGAAAAUGGAGGAUUUAUUCCUUGGCAAUAUUAACGUCUUUUCCAUCAAGGAAAUGACGAUCAUAUUAAAAUGUUUGGUGGAGGAGAGAAAAAUGAAGUGUGACAAAAUGGUGCAGUUCUGCGCGUACAAAUUUAUGCAUGUCUUAUGUAUGGAUAUUUUACACAAAAUGAGAAAGGAGCCUUCUUUUGGUGUGAGUUUCCUUUCCGUUCUUUGCACACAUUUUAAGGGGUGCAUAGAGACUUAUUUUUUCUCCGACGUGGGAAACACAAACAGGGAGGAUGAAAUGGACCAUUUUUACCAAACAGUGCGUAAUUUUGGAAGAAGCGCUGAUUACGGAGUUUUUGCGAGUUGCCCAGAAAGUGGAUCUCCCAGAUAUGGGUGCAACCUUUUCAAUAUGCACGACGUGUCUACUUUUAUGGUUUUUUUGGCAAAAUGCAAAUCCGCUUGUUGUCCAAUGUACACGUUCCUAUCACAUGUGUACGUGUCGGUGAGCUUCCUACAGGGCAUGCCCCACCCUAUUCAUGGGGAGCUGGAACAUCACUUUUUGAAAUUCGAUAGAGGUCCGAAGUUUUGCUUUUCCCGGGGGAGUUACUCAAGGGGGACUGUUCUCGCGGAGGAGCACAUGGAAGAGGUCGAGGAGGAAGGUGCGCGUGAAGAACCAGACGAAGUUGGAGACGGGCGGAAUGACCUGGCUUCAGUAUCAAGGGGCGAAAUAAUGCAAUGCAUCUCACGUUUAUUGCGUAGUGAGGGCCUGUUCAACAGUACUGCUGAUUUACCCGUGCACAAGAGGAGGGAUAAAGAAAGUAAGAUCAUGCGGGAGAAUGUCCACAGCAUGGCAGUCAUCAUCCAUAGUAGUAUCAAAUCAAAGGAGCGAAACGUAUUUACAUAUGUCUUAGCAAAUUAUCUACUACUGAAAUGCACACAUUUUUUAAAUUUAAUAGACAUAUGCAACAUUUUCGAAUUGUUCAUUUUGGACAGAACAACUGCUGUAGGGGGGAAUGUGUAUGACUCCGUUUUUGGAAAAAUCCGUCGGUUAAUCAUGACCGAGGUGAACUGCAAAACGAUGGCAAUAUUUUGCAUAAGCAGCGCACGACUGAGGGAAGAAGUGCGUGGACCCUUCGUGGACAAUAUCCUGGCGUUGUACCGAAUCGUUUUGCAGAAGAGAAGAGGGGUAUGUGAGGAAUACGACAAGAGUAAUCGGAGAAAUCACAAAAAUUUAUCAUUUCCUUUUGUAAGAGAGAACACCGUGAUUUUUUUCAACGUAGGAAAUUUUCUGUCCAUCCACAAAAUCAGUUCUCUAUUUUAUUUACUCUACUUGAGGAAGUUUAACGAUUUUUUAAGUGCCUUGCUUGUUCAUAAAAAAAGGGGACAAUUUUGUACCUCCUUGAUAAGCAUAAUUGAUAUACACGAUUUGCUCAAAACAUUUGUCAGCGUUUUUAAGAUGUAUGAACAAAAUGAUCCUUAUGACCGAAGAAGAAGGGCAGAAAUUUUAAUACAUUUAGACAAGUGUUGUGAAUAUUUGGUGCAAUUUUUGGAGGAUAUUUGUUUCGAAAAAAUAAUUCCUGUAGAGGAGCAUUUUUCGAAGGAUGCGCCAGUUGCGGAGGUGGAGACGCGUCAUCUGAAGGGAAUAAAAAUUCUGAAUAGGUCAUGUUAUUUUUUCACAUUAUUAAUACAUAUGAUUAGGAAAUUGCAAAUAGCGAACAUCAUUAAUGACAGCAAUGUGAAGUUACUAACUGAAGUUUUCAUUUCUUUUAAGGGCAGCAUAAGAAAAAUUUACCAAGGAAAACUUUUUAGCGACCAAAGCAGUAAAUGUUAUGUACACGUUUUGAACUUUUUUUUUAUGUUUGAUGAUGCAAGUGCCGGGGGGUGA